AUGCCUCACUCCUUUGGUCUUCGUGCUCGCACCCGCCACAUGUUCUCGCGCAAGUUCCGCGAGCAUGGUGCUAUCCCCUUGUCGACCUACUUGAAGACCUACAAGGUUGGCGAUAUUGUUGACAUCAAAGCCAACGCUGCUGUCCAAAAGGGUAUGCCCCACAAGUUCUACCACGGUCGUACUGGUGUUGUCUACAACGUUACCAAGUCUGCUGUUGGUGUCAUUGUUCACAAGCGUGUCGGCAACCGCUACAUGGAGAAGCGUGUCAACAUCCGCAUUGAGCACGUCAAGCACUCCAAGUGCCGUCAAGAAUUCUUGGAGCGUGUCAAGGAGAACGCUCAAAAGAAGAAGGCUGCCAAGGAGACUGGUGUCAAGGUCAACUUGAAGCGUCUUCCAGCUCAACCUCGCGAGGCUCGUCACGUUUCUACCAAGCACAACGUUCCUCAAACCAUCGCCCCUGUUCCUUACGAGACCCUUUUGUAA